CACCACCCCGCACAUAUUCGCAAUUUGAUACUUGAACAACCACCCACCAAAAUUCUAUCAUGGCUCCAGGAAAGAAGAAAAAGAAGCCAGCCUCGAACCCUGCGAGAGGUUUUGCAACUACGUCUAUUGCUUCCAAACCAAAAGUCGAAAUCGCUGAACCCGACCCAGUACCAGCGCCUACAGAGUCGCAAGGAAAUGCCGAGAGUAAUGAAAAAGGAAUUCCAGAAAAUUCCGCCUUGAAUCCCGAAGCAUCAAUAGCUUCAGGGAACAUAUUAUCUGCUGAAGACUUCGAAAAGCAGCUGGAAGAAUCAGAGCUUCAAAUUCUGGUAGAGAAGCAUGCACAGAAAUCCAAGAGAGAUGCUCUCCGACAAAAGACGAGACUAGAGACGGAUCGCCGAGUCCUCAGAGGGCAAGCAGACAAUCUGAUCACAAGAAGGUGGCUACCCCCGGAGCUUAUGGAGGAAAUAUUAGAUCUUGUACAAACAGAAGGGCGGUUUGCGGGGCAGGCGAACGAAAAUGCCCAUGCAGCAAAGCAGGUCUCAGAGGAAGAGUUAACGGUUCGUCUCUGGACUUUGCAGCAAGCUCUGGUUGGGUCAGGCUUUAGAGAAGACAAAGUCAUUUUGGCCCUACGAUAUGUUCUUGACAUUUCAGACAAGAUCAUUUCUGGAAACAAAGAUUCGAUCUGGGGUAUGGAGGAAUCUCUGGACUGGCUUGCUCGGGAAUGUCCACGAGAUUGUCUCCCAGACUACGAAAAUUGGCAAAGAAGAGGAGCAAUGGUGUCAAAAUCCCAGACAGAAACCCCUAUGGACAGCCCCUUACCAUCUGGUUAUUCUACUCCUCAGGCAGAGUCUGAUACGAGACAUUUAGGACAUGGUACUACGCGUGGCCCAUUACCCUAUCCCGAGAGGCAGAGAUCUCCUGCAAAGAGAAUCGUGCCUAUUGAUGAUGAUAGCGACAUUGAUCCGGAUGAUCUCCUCUCUGUAUAUCUAGACUGCAAAUCUAAGUUGUUUGAAAUGGAAAGACAAAGAUCUAAACCAGGAACCAACGCAUCGAAUCCUCGGCCGAAACAGACGCCUUCAAAAUCUGGAACCGGCCAAGAUCUAACAAGAGCUAAAUUGGAUAGAAAGAUCAAAAAGAUCCAAGAUGACGUCCUCUUUGACCAAUACAUCGCGAAUCAGCGAUGGGAAGCUCAACGCAUACUUCUCGAAAGAGAUGCUGCUCAUCGACGUGCUGUUGAGGCUACUCCGGAUGUCAGCGACGAGUUGGCAGCAUUGGCUGAUUCAGACGUAGACGACGAAGUCAGCAAAGAAGCCGCUCGGAUGGGCGCUGAAUUACUAGAAGGCAACGAUAGCGACGAUGAAAGUGCUUUAGCAGAUCUAUUUGCAAGCCUGCCUGUCAAUGAAGUAGACCCAGUUACUGGAAAGAGCAUCACUGUUGUUAACGGAAGUAAUGGCGUCAAAGUAACAAUCCGAGACUUCGGGAAGUGGACUGGCGUGAGCCCGACGAGAGUACUCGAAGAAGCCUGUCGUGCUAGGGACUCUUCGGCAAAAAUCCAGAUGUUAUUGAUAUCUGACUCAAGUUACUCUAACCGUCACUCUUUAAAGAUUUCUUGGUCUAAAGUGCAGGAUCUCCAGCCAUCAGCCCCCCCGACUAGCGUUGAUUAUAGCUCUACAACAAAGUCCCAAACCUUCAUUAUGACUUCCAUAUCAGCCCCUGAGCCUAAACAAUCUGAAGCCUUCAUUGCAACCACCGCACUAUUUCUGCUUUUCAGCUCAUCGGGAAAGGAAGAUAAAGUGUUUCUGCGCUUACCAGCCGUGUGGAGAGAUUUAUGGACAGAAUUUGCUGAGACAAAGAAAGGGAAAGCAGACGAGGCUGACCGUAAUGUCAUCCGAAGAUUCCGUGACAUGGUUCGCGAGAGACGAGAUCGUGAAUUGGAAGACGGUGUCUUGAUUCAGGGCGCGUUCAAGAAUCGAAAUGGAGCCCGUCCUCUUGAAAAUGGCGAAGAAUCUGGCACUGACAAGGCCAACAAAUCGACCCUUUCCCCCGAGGCAUACCAGAAAAUUUGGAUUGAUAAGAGUAGCACACCUAAUUUCCAAAUGAUGCUCCAAUCGAGAAUGCAACUUCCUAUGUGGCAUUUCAAAGAUGAGGUUUUGGACACUAUUGAGAAGCAUCAGGUGGUUAUCAUCUGCGGAGAGACUGGAUGCGGAAAGAGUACCCAAGUCCCUUCAUUCAUUUUGGAACAUCAGCUCUCGCAAGGCAAAGCCUGUAAAAUAUAUUGUACAGAGCCUCGUCGAAUUUCUGCCAUUUCACUUGCUCGACGUGUGAGUGAAGAGCUUGGUGAACGAAAGAAUGAUCUCGGUACCCCAAGAUCCCUUAUUGGAUACGCAAUUCGACUUGAAUCAAAUACUUCAAAAGAGACACGACUAGUCUACGCUACGACUGGCAUCGUCAUGCGAAUGCUCGAGGGCUCAAAUGACCUGCGAGAUAUAACUCAUAUUGUUCUGGACGAGGUUCAUGAGCGCACAAUUGAUAGCGACUUUCUUUUGAUUGUACUCCGCAAACUCAUGGCUAGGCGACCUGACCUUAAAGUGGUGCUUAUGUCUGCAACAGUUGAUGCAGAACGAUUCUCGAAGUACUUGGAUGGUGCUCCAGUGCUUUCUGUCCCUGGCCGAACAUUCCCAGUCGAAGUCAGGUAUCUCGAGGAUGCUGUCGAGCUUACUGGAUUUAAUAUCGAUAAUGGUCUACAUGAAAAGUUUCAGGAUCUUGACGAUGACGAUACUGAAGCCGCAGAUGCAGAUCUUUCUGAUGCGGCGAAGGCCGAAAACACAAAAGCAUUAAAGGGGUUUAGUGCGAAAACUCGAAAUACAAUUGCUCAGAUCGACGAAUAUCGUAUCGAAUUUGAAUUGGUCACACAACUUCUUGCUAAGAUUGCCACAGACUCGCGUCUGGAAAUGUACAGCCAAGCAAUUUUAGUAUUUUUGCCUGGUAUUGGAGAGAUUCGACAGCUUAACGACAUGCUUGUUGGCCACCCGGUUUUCUCAUCUAAUUGGUUUGUCUACCCGCUGCAUUCGACAAUCGCUAGUGAGGAUCAAGAAGCUGCUUUCUUGGUUCCCCCGCCAGGCACACGAAAGAUUGUUCUUGCCACCAACAUUGCCGAAACUGGUAUCACGAUACCAGAUGUGACUUGCGUAGUCGAUACUGGCAAGCACCGAGAAAUGAGGUUCGACGAGAGAAGGCAAUUAUCUAGACUUUUGGAAACCUUCAUCAGUAAGGCGAAUGCAAAGCAACGUAGAGGCAGAGCUGGAAGAGUCCAAGAGGGUCUUUGCUUCCAUCUCUUCACGAAAUACAGGCAUGACGAGCUUAUGCCUGACCAGCAAACACCUGAGCUACUUCGCCUAUCUUUGCAGGAUUUAGCUAUUCGAGUCAAGAUUUGCAAGCUUGGUGGUAUCGAAGAGACUCUGAGUCAAGCAUUAGAUCCGCCCUCAGCCAAGAAUAUACGUCGAGCAGUUGACGCACUCAUAGACGUCAGAGCACUAACACCUGGCGAAGAUUUGACACCACUUGGGAUUCAGUUAGCACGAUUGCCGUUGGACGUUUUCCUUGGGAAGUUGGUGCUUUUAGGAAGUAUCUUCAAAUGUUUGGAUGCUGCAGUGACCAUAGCUGCCGUGCUGUCUUCAAAGUCGCCUUUCUCUGCACCAUUUGGAGCGAGAGCACAAGCAGACACAAUCCGUCUUGCUUUUCGUAGAGGUGAUUCUGAUUUGUUGACUGUGUACAAUGCAUACCUAGCCUGGAGACGAGUUUGUGUGACUGGAGGUUCGGAGUAUCAAUUCUGCAAAAAGAAUUUCUUAAGUCAACAAACAUUGUCGAGCAUUGAGGAACUAAAGGGACAGCUUGUCUUGUGUCUUGUGGAUUCCGGCUUCCUGCCCCUCACUGAGGCUGAGAGCAUCUCAUUGAAUAGAUCACGGUACUCGAGCAGGCGACGACAAUUCUUUGACAUCCCGCAACGAGCCAAUGUUAACAGUGAUAAUGAUGUUAUCACAAGUUCUGUGAUUGCAUGGAGCUUCUACCCAAAAUUGCUUGUGCGCGAUGGUAAAGGGUUCCGAAACGUUGCCAACAACCAAUCGAUCAGUUUGCAUCCUUCGUCAGUCAACAAGGGCCACCAUGAACUCAAAUGGCUCUCCUUCUACCAUAUUAUGCAGGCGAAACAGUUCUACAAUGCACACGAGACAACGGCUGCAGAAGAAUUCGCAAUUGCUCUUCUGUGUGGAGAUGUUCGUUGCGAUAUGUACUCGGGAGUAUUCAUUAUCGACGGUAAUCGCGCUCGCUUUGCAGUUUCGGAUUGGAAGACCAUGCUUGUGAUCAAGACCCUCCGAUCACGUUUACGAGAUAUCAUGACACGAUCCUUCAAGACUCCUGGGAAAGCUCUUACUUCUCAGCAGCAGAAAUGGAUGGAUGUUUGGCAGAAGAUUUUCUCACAAGAAUUCAAGGAGAAAUGAAUGUAUGAAUGAAUGCAUGAAAGGAAUACAUUGGCAUAGAGUGCAUAGACUUGGCGUUCUGUAGGUAUCAACUCUGAAAAAAUAAUGCAAGGACUC